AUGGAAAAGACGCAAGUCAAAUGUGUUGGCCUGUAUGGACCACCACAGGCAUCUCAGCGCUCCUCAAGGCUGUGUGUCGCUUUACCGCCUAAGACACAACAUUUGUUUCUUAUUUCUCAUUUAGGAUCUGUGGUCGCCUAUUUCACGUCUGCAAAGUUUCUUCUUUUUCUUGGACAUGCCCUGUCCACUUGGGGAGAUCGUAUGUGGCAUUUUGCUGUGUCGGUAUUCCUGGUUGAACUGUAUGGAAACAGCUUACUCCUGACUGCAGUCUAUGGACUGGUUGUGGCGGGAUCAGUUCUUCUCCUGGGAGCCAUUAUUGGAGACUGGGUGGACAAGAACUCCAGGCUCAAAGUGGCCCGGACAUCCUUGGUUGUACAGAAUGCAUCUGUCAUCCUGUGUGGUAUUAUCCUGAUGAUUGUCUUCUUGUUUAAGACACAGCUGUUGACCUUAUACCAUGGAUGGCUUCUUACGAUGUGCUAUAUCCUGGUUAUCACAGUAGCAAAUAUUGCCAAUUUGGCCAGCACUGCCACAGCGAUCACAAUUCAGAGGGACUGGAUUGUUGUGGUUGCAGGGGAAGACAGAAGCAAACUGGCAGAUAUGAAUGCCACAAUAAGAAGAAUUGAUCAGUUGACCAAUAUCUUGGCCCCAAUGGCAGUUGGCCAGAUAAUGACAUUUGGCUCCCCGUUGAUUGGCUGUGGAUUCAUUUCUGGCUGGAACCUGAUGUCGAUGUGUGUGGAAUAUCUGCUGCUGUGGAAGGUUUAUGAGAAAACCCCUACUCUGGCUCUUAAAUCUGCAAAAGUUGAAGAAUCGGAACUGAAACAGCUGAAUGUAAAGAAAGAGAGUGACAUGAAACCUGCUGAAGGAGUGCAGUUAAUUGUUGAGAAAGAUGUAACUGGCUUUGAGCCCCAACAGGAGAAGGAAGUCAGCUGUGCUGCCCGGAUUGCUGAACCUUUCAUCACGUUUCGUGAUGGAUGGGUUGCAUACUACAACCAGCCAGUGUUUCUUGCAGGCAUGGGUCUUGCAUUUCUAUACAUGACUGUUCUGGGCUUUGAUUGUAUUACUACAGGCUAUGCAUACACUCAGGGUCUGAGUGGCUCUGUGCUAAGCCUCCUGAUGGGUGCCUCGGCAGUCGCUGGAAUCAUGGGAACAGUAGCUUUCACUUGGCUUCGUCGCAAAUGUGGCCUGGUUCGCACAGGCCUUAUUUCUGGAGUUGCUCAAUUUGCUUGUCUGGUUUUAUGUGCCAUCUCUGUAUUCAUGCCUGGAAGUCCUCUGGAUUUGACUGUUUCCCCAUUUGCUGACAUCAGUGCCAGGCUGUUUGAAAGUGAACCAUUAUCUACUAUAGCACCUCUAGAAGAUAAGCCUGAAAUGGUUUUUGCAACUGGAAUGCCCAACUUCUUAAACGGGUCUGCUACUCCUGCUAAUAGUGACCCAGAGAUGAGUCCUGAGCCUGUGCCUUUAAUCUCUGUUAGUCUCCUGUUUGCAGGAGUCAUUGCUGCUAGAGUUGGCCUUUGGUCCUUUGAUUUGACUGUCACACAGUUGAUCCAAGAAAAUGUGGUAGAAUCUGAAAGAGGCAUCAUAAAUGGUGUCCAAAACUCCAUGAAUUAUCUUCUUGAUUUGCUGCACUUCAUCAUGGUCAUUUUGGCCCCAAAUCCUGAAGCUUUUGGCUUAUUGGUGCUGAUAUCUGUGUCUUUUGUUGCAAUGGGCCACAUAAUGUACUUCAGAUUUGCCCAAAAAAGGUUGGGAAGACAACUUUUUAUUUGUUGCACUCCUGAUCCAAAAGCAGUCUCUGACAGUUCACCACCUGGUAACACAUCUACUGUCUGAAAGGAUCCACUUCCCUUACUAGCUUGCUACACAAAUAUCAUGGUUAAACACGUAUGCUGCCUUUUGUGACCCUGUCUAAGGUGUUUCUCUAGAGUUGGAUGUGUAACUUAGCUGUUUGAGGAAGCCGUCCUGAGAGCUAAAAUUCCUCUUACAGUGACCCUGUAAAAAUGUUUCAUGUUUGGCAGAGGACAGCCUAAUUGGGUGUUGAAUUUCUGUUGCUGACCCCCACAGUGAUACUGUGAUACAAAGUCAAUUUGUUCAUGAAUUUUGAACCAAUCUUGUGCUCACUGAGCAAAAAAAGGGUUGUUUUAGUUGCUUCAGGAUAACUUGAUAUACAGUAUUUGGUUUUGUGGGGUUUUUCUGUUUUUCUCUCACAAUGAGCAGUUCUGCUCCCCUAUCUUCUCAAAUGGGUAUAAAUGCCCUUCUUGGAUUCCUGAAGCGGAGUCUUCAGGUUCUGAUGUUUUCCAAAAUACCUUUUUAGUAUUAUGUCUGUUCUGGUUUAACUUUACAGAAACACCUUUGUAGGUUUUUUGCAUGUUUUCUUACAAAUUAGGCGAGUGCUAGGUACAAGAUAUUGUAUUACACUUUUGUUGCACUUCAUAAAGUAAAAUAUAGUCUCAUUUUAGCAGAAGCUAUUGAUGUAACAUUAUACAGCAUGGCUUUUUUAAUUGCAAAAGACAGGUUUGUUGUAGCAGAAAGUGCUAAGGUCAGGAGUACUGGUACAGAAGUCUAGGGCUAACUUAGUUUUUUGCCUCAGUACAAGCAGCUUUAGUUUAUUUUUGGAUACUAUUGUUUUCAGAAGCCCAGUUAAAGCAUGAUGUAUUGGAAAAUUAUUAGUAUUCCAGGCAAAAGAAGUCAAAAAGUGGAUUACUUGCAUUUAUCUGUUUUACAUAUAUGUGAAUUUUGACUUGGUUUGUUCUAAAACACCGCUAAAACAAUGAGACAUUGGACUGUGUGGCCCUCUAAAGCAACUUCAGAGCAAUGAAGAAUGAUACAUCCCUCUGAUUUUCAAGAAGUUCUUAUAUUUUUUUCACCCUGCAUGUGUACUAACACUGUACUUCCAUAGUCAUUAACCGUAUGUGCACUUUUGUGGAGACUACUCUACGUACUUUGCUUUCUCAGUAGAGUUGAACCCAGUAGUAUUCUGAGUUUUCCUAUGGCAUGGCAGUAUGACUUCUAAACUUAAAUCUUUGUAAAAUGUUUGCUUGCAGAAGAAGUAUGCAAAAACGUAUGUCAGCAACUCGUAAAAAGUAUCCUUUCUAAUUUUUAAGGGUUUUUAGGUACUGUUCUUUCACACAGUCACCUGUGUUACCAGACUUCAACCCUGGAAUGUAAGUGUGUGAACUCCAUUGACAUUAAAGGCGUUACACCAGGGCUGAAUCUAGCCCAUUCAUCUUAAAAUUUGUAAUGAUUAUAUUGUAUAUCAAACUAAAGAGAAUGUAAAAAAAAAACCUCUAGUGGCUUUUGUAUCAGACACAGUAUUUUGUAAGUGAAUGAGUGGGAAUCCAAUGUACAACUAAUGUAUUUGUAAGCCCUCAGUAUUCAAUAACUGGAUGUAACAAUUUUUCUCCUCUAAUGGACCAAAACUAAUGAUUACUGCUAUGUUACUGGAAGUUUUCUCAGGGAUGUUUUCAUUAGGUUUAUAAGUCUUUAUACUUUGACCAAGCUUUUGGGUUUUGUUUUUGAUAUAAUAAAGUACAAUAUGUAAAUUAGAGUAGUUUUAAAAUUUGACUCAAUCCUGAGUGUAACUUUUUAAGGAAAAGGGAAUUUUGCCAUCAGUAGAAUUUAAAAGUCAGAAGAAAAUAAAACAAGCUUACCUAGAUUUGUAGAAUAAAUAUGCCCAAAGGAUAGCCGAUACAGUAUAAGUAUACUAGUAAAUAAAAUAUCUCUGCCAAAUAUGCUUUUUCAUGUGUAUCUAGUCUAAAUUGGGACCAGAUUUUGAUAUUGCUGAAUAUAAAUAAAGGUAGCCCGAAUGUCAGUAAAUGCCUCUAUAUUGCACUUUGAUGAACGUCUGAAAGCCACUGUAUAUAUUGGGCUCACUGGCCAUCAGGGAAACAAAGCUGAAAAUGCAGCUUCUUGUGGGCUGUCUAUAGCCUACAGAACCCAGUGUGCCUAAAGCUUAAUGCUAUAGCAGUAAGCACCAGACAUCCUGGAGAGGAUGUAAUCCUUAAGUCUGAAGAGCUCCAAAAACAUAACAGAGCUGGGAGCAGACUGUGUUCCCAUCUAUUCCCAAAGUGUGUGGUUUUUUUUUCCCCAAAGCAGUGCACUCAAAUUGAGUAGCAAUUUGUUUCAUAAAUAGUUCCACUAGAUUAUGUGUUCUGGAUCUCAAGCCAAAAAAGUAGUAUGGGGAGGGGGCUGGACCUUUGUAUUUUGGUACACAUAAUGUUGCUGGGAUUCAUAUGUGCAGAUACACAGCUGGAAGGCAAGACAAUCCUAAAAGAAAGGUGGAUGCUAGCUUUAAGAGAGAUAAGGUCGUCUAAAUUGGAAAUCUAGUAUGUAUUGGUCUGAGUCAGAUGUUAAAAAAUGUAUGCUGCUUGAGCACAACCCAUGUGUGUAUAAGUAUUUAAGAUGUAUGCAGACACCUGUACUGAUUAGUGCUUUGAAGUAAUGUGGAGCCUGAAGUCUUACUUAGCAGGACUUCCAUUAAGUAAGCAUUUUUGGCCUUGUAUUUAUUUAUUAUUUUAAAAUGUGUCCAAUUUGGAUGAAAACUGCCCUUAAAAUAUACGUACUAGAAAUCAAUCCUACCAGAAUAGCAUAUUUUAUUAUACAACCUUAUGCUGGGCAUAGCAUUGAUUUAUGUUUUACUAUUGUUAAAGCUAAUGAAUAAAUUUGCAUAAAAAUUA